UGAUGAUGCAGUAAAGUAGUUGUUCACACGUAUUCGUUGCGUCGUGUUGAAAAUUUCACAAAAAGGAACAUUUAGAACAUAGAGCCCAACAAAUAAAAAAAAUAACACCACCACCACCAUCAAAACAACAACAACAAAACUAUCAAACACUUUGUGUCAAUGUCACACACAUGUAUCAUGCGUCGUUCGCGCAAAUCACACAGCUGAAACGAAUACAAUUGCAUAAAGAACGAAUCGCUGCCUAGAAAUCCAUUUAAACAAAGUGUUGAAGUAGUAACGAAGGAAAAAGAAGAGGAAAAAACGGGCUAGCGUUACAAAGAGAGUGUCACACACAGCUCACAUCAAGUACACGUAUGCACAACAACAAAAACCGGUGUCGGUCAUUGAAUAUCAGUUAAAGAACGAACGAACGAACGAAUGAAUGUGCGAAAUGUCAAAUGGAAAGAUUCCUUUGCGUAUUAGCACGUUUGAACAGUGUUGUUUGUUUCCCAAGAAGCAAAUUUCUCUGGGGGAAGCUGAAAAGAGAGAGAGAGAGAGAGAGAGAGAGAGAGAGAGAGAGAGAGAUAGAGAGAGAGAAAGAGUUGAGAGCAUGUGAUAACGACAAACGACACAUUGAAAAGUAUUCAAGUAGUCAGCCGCUCGCGCGCGCAAUUAUGACAACAACAAUAGCACCACAAAUCAAGCGCACAUACCAAUGCAAAAUAGUAUGUACGCGGCGCGUAUGUGUAUCGCCAGGAGUGUAAAUUGUAUACUAACAGUUAACCAGUCAUCAGUUAGCCGAAAUCAAUUCGAAUUGAAAAUUAGCCAGGUUGUCCGUUUGCUUGCUCGCUCCCCCACUCGCUCGCUCUCUCUCACGCGCCCGCACAUACGCCAUACUGUGUGAAAUUGUCUUCCGUACACGAUAGCCCAGUGAAAAACUUUCAUGCCUAUCUUGGAUGGUUGUACGCGCUUCACACGUUUUCAUAUAUUUGCAAUCUACGGCGUAUGAUACGCGCGAUUGGCGUAUGUGUGUGUGUGUGUGUGUGUAUGCGUGUGUACAAGUAGUAUUAUCAUCGUAUGAUCGUACCGAACGAUCGCGCUUACUCAUGUUUAAGAACGUUGAUACCGAGCCGAAUAGGUCAGCGCUAGAAAUAUUAUAAAUUCAGUUGUUGUUUGUUUGUUGCUUCGACCGUUUCGAAGUUUUCGAUUUUUUCUUCGGUGUUCGUUCCGUCGGAGCUAUAGCCUCUAACAUAGAAAAAAAGAGACAGAGCCGCCGAGAAUUUUGUGAAUAUAUAUACAAUUUUAACUCAACUGAACAAAACCAACAUAUCAUAGGAGGUUAAGAGAAAUAGAAGGACAAAAUGUCAGCCAAAGCUAUUCGUGAAGCCACCGGAAAAGAUAUCCUAAACCGCUUAUUGGACGGCAGCUCAGGAGCGGCUAAAUGCCAAUUUGCCACUGUAAAUAGUGAGACAAACUGGGAUCAUUUGCGAACAACGCAUCCAUGGCUCGGAACUUCGCCAUUAGUCGUAAAGCCAGAUCAAUUGAUUAAACGAAGAGGAAAACUUGGAUUAAUUGCUGUAAAUAAAAAAUUCGCCGAAGUCAAAGAAUGGGUCAAUGCUCGUAUGGGAAAGGAUCAAAAAAUUGGCAAUGCUCACGGCAAACUAAGAAAUUUCAUCAUUGAACCAUUCAUUCCUCACAAAGAGGAUGAAGAAGCUUACGUUUGCAUCUAUUCACACCGAAACGCUGACACAAUUCUGUUCUAUCAUCAAGGCGGUGUUGAUAUCGGCGAUGUUGAUGCCAAAGCAUCGAAAUUGGAUGUUCCGGUUGACAAGACUGUGACAAUCGAUGAUAUUAAAAAGCAAUUGCUCACCCAUCUGGCUGCCGAUAAGAAGGAACGUGUUGCAAAAUUCGUACACGCUUUGUACCAAUCAUACGUUGAUUUGUAUUUCACUUACCUGGAAAUUAAUCCAUUGGUUGUAACAAAAGAUGCCAUUUACAUUUUGGAUUUGGCCGCCAAAUUGGAUUCAACCGCUGAUUUCAUUUGCCGACCAAAAUGGGGGGAUAUUGAGUAUCCACCACCAUUCGGCCGUGAUGCUUACCCAGAGGAAGCGUACAUUGCUGAUUUGGAUGCAAAGAGCGGUGCCUCAUUGAAAUUGACCAUUUUGAAUCGUAACGGCCGCAUUUGGACCAUGGUUGCCGGUGGCGGUGCUAGUGUUAUCUAUUCGGAUACGAUUUGCGAUUUGGGCGGUACCGACGAAUUGGCCAACUAUGGUGAAUACAGUGGUGCACCAUCUGAACAGCAAACAUAUGAGUAUGCAAAGACCAUCUUAACAUUGAUGACAUCAUCGCCAAAACAUCCAUUGGGCAAAGUGUUGAUCACCGGCGGUGGUAUUGCCAAUUUUACCAAUGUUGCCGCAACAUUCAAGGGAAUCAUUACGGCAUUGCGUGAAUUCCAACCAAAAUUGAAGGAGCACAAUGUAUCGAUCUAUGUACGUCGUGCUGGUCCAAAUUACCAAGAGGGUUUGCGUAAAAUGCGUGAAUAUGGUAGCACAUUGGGCAUUCCAUUGCAUGUGUUCGGCCCAGAGACUCAUAUGACUGCCAUUUGCGGUAUGGCACUCGGUAAACGCCAAAUUCCACAAACAUCCAGCGCCGAUUUUGCUACCGCCAAUUUCUUGUUACCAGGAGGUCAACAGCAACAAGACGCAGCAAAGUCAAACAUUGCUGAAAACUCAGGCGCUGUUCGUCGUCAAUCGACAGCCACAACAACAACCGUCGAUUCAAACAAGUAUCAACAAUUAUUUAGCAAAACCACAAAGGCUAUCGUUUGGGGUAUGCAAACCAGAGCCGUUCAAUCAAUGCUCGACUUCGAUUUCAUUUGCCGCCGUACUGAACCAUCAGUAGUAGCAAUGGUAUAUCCAUUCACCGGCGAUCACAAACAGAAAUUCUAUUGGGGACAUAAAGAAAUUUUGAUUCCAGUUUACAAGCAUAUGACCGAUGCUAUCAACAAGCACAAGGAAGUUGAUGUGGUUGUUAACUUUGCAUCGUUGCGUUCGGCCUACGAUAGUACAAUGGAAGUGCUUGAAUUCAAGCAAAUUCGUUCGAUUGCUAUCAUUGCUGAGGGUAUUCCAGAGAAUUUGACACGUAAAAUCAUUGUGAAAGCCAAUGAAAAGGGUGUUGCCGUCAUUGGGCCGGCUACAGUUGGUGGUGUAAAACCAGGUUGUUUCAAAAUUGGCAACACUGGCGGUAUGUUGGACAACAUUUUACACUCAAAACUCUAUCGUCCGGGCAGCGUUGCCUAUGUAUCACGUUCGGGUGGUAUGUCAAACGAAUUGAAUAACAUUAUUUCGAAGGCAACUGAUGGUGUGUUCGAGGGUGUUGCCAUCGGUGGUGACCGUUAUCCAGGCACAACAUUCAUGGAUCACAUUCUCCGCUAUCAAAAUGAUCCAGAUGCAAAAUUGAUUGUGUUGUUGGGCGAAGUCGGCGGUACUGAGGAAUACGAAGUGUGCCAAGCACUUCAAGAUGGCCGAAUCACAAAACCAUUGGUCGCUUGGUGUAUCGGUACAUGUGCAAGCAUGUUUACAUCGGAAGUGCAAUUCGGACAUGCUGGUUCAUGCGCCAAUUCAGAUCGUGAAACUGCCACCGCUAAAAACCGUGGAUUGCGUGAGGCCGGCGCUCAUGUGCCCGACUCCUUCGAUACACUCGGUGAAUUGAUUGCUUCCGUAUACAACGAAUUGGUCCACACUGGUCAAAUUGUUCCAGUCGAAGAAGUGCCACCACCAACCGUUCCAAUGGAUUACUCAUGGGCACGCGAAUUGGGAUUGAUCCGUAAGCCAGCCUCGUUCAUGACAUCCAUUUGCGAUGAACGUGGCCAAGAGCUCAUGUACGCUGGUAUGCCAAUCAGUGAUGUGCUCAACAAGAAUGUUGGCAUCGGUGGUGUCAUUUCAUUGUUGUGGUUCCAACGUGCAUUGCCACCAUACGUGUGUAAAUUCUUUGAAAUGUGCUUGAUGGUGACAGCUGAUCAUGGUCCGGCCGUAUCUGGUGCCCAUAACACAAUUGUCUGUGCUCGUGCUGGCAAAGAUUUGGUUUCAUCAGUGGUAAGCGGUUUAUUGACGAUCGGUGAUCGUUUUGGUGGUGCAUUGGACGGUGCAGCCAAACAAUUCUCCGAAGCCUACGAUUCCAAUCAACAUCCAAUGGACUUCGUGAAUACAAUGCGUAAAAAGGGUCAAUUGAUCAUGGGUAUCGGACAUCGUGUCAAAUCAAUCAAUAAUCCAGAUGUUCGUGUGAAAAUUAUUAAGGAAUUCGUCAUGGAAAACUUCCCAGCCAAGCCAUUGCUCGAGUACGCAUUGGAAGUAGAAAAAAUCACCACCAGCAAAAAACCGAAUCUGAUUUUGAAUGUUGACGGUGUCAUUGCCACAUCAUUUGUUGAUAUGCUGAGAAAUUGUGGUUCAUUCACUAGCGAGGAAGCUCAAGAGUACAUCAACAUUGGCGCCAUCAAUUCGUUGUUCGUAUUGGGUCGUAGCAUUGGUUUCAUUGGCCAUUACAUGGAUCAAAAACGACUUAAGCAAGGACUCUACCGCCAUCCAUGGGAUGAUAUUUCAUACGUUUUGCCCGAGCAAUUCAACUAAAUUCAUUUGGUUGAAAAUCAUUUCAAAUAACAACUACAACAACAAUAAAUCAUAUAAGAUGACAAACACAAACAGAAAUUGGAAAAAGAACAAUUAAUUUCAAGUGAAUGAAAGCACACCUUUAUGAACUGAACAAAACACACAUCGAGAGAGAAAUGGAAAGAGAGAGAUAGAGAAUAGAAAAUUAAUUCAACAAAAUUUUGACCAUUCCCGAUUAUAAUAUUUUAUAUAAAAUACAACAAGCUCUUUUUUUAUUUUAUUUUCUUUUUCGAGAAAUUUAUGUUUUAAUUUUAUUUAAAGAAGAACAAAGAACUAUUUAAAUACUAUAAAAAAAAAUACACAAAAAACUACACAAAAA